AAUGUUAAUAUGGAGAACGAUUUUAAGACUGAGUCAUCAUCAUCUACCUUUGCUCUCCAGAGUUCUUCAGAGACAUUGUUUUCUAUUCAGCUGUUAGAUUUCAAAACAAGUUUACUGGAAGCAUUAGAAGAAUUACGUAUGAGAAGGGAAGCAGAAACUCAAUAUGAAGAGCAGAUUGGUAAAAUUAUUGUGGAGACACAAGAGCUUAAAUGGCAAAAUGAAACUCUUCAGAAUCAAAAGGAAACAUUAGCAAAGCAACACAAAGAAGCGAUGGCAGUUUUUAAAAAGCAGUUGCAAAUGAAGAUGUGUACCUUGGAAGAAGAAAAGGGAAAAUAUCAACUUGCUACAGAAAUAAAAGAAAAAGAAAUAGAAGGAUUGAAGGAAACAUUAAAAGCGCUACAGGUUUCUGAAUAUUCUUUACAGAAGAAAGUGAGUGAAAUGGAACAAAAAGUCCAGUUACAUCUUCUGGCUAAAGAAGAUCAUCAGAAGCAACUGAAUGAAAUUGAGAAAUACUAUGCCACAAUAACAGGUCAAUUUGGAUUGGUAAAGGAAAAUCAUGAAAAGUUAGAACAAAAUGUUUGGGAAGCAGUACAGUUAAACAAAAGUCUUUCAGCCUUAAAUAAAAACCAAGAAUCUGAAAUAUGCAGUUUAAAGAAGGAGCUAAAAAAAGUAACCUCAGACUUGGUAAAGUCCAAGGUCACAUGUGAACAUAAGAUGGGAGAAGAAAACAUCAAUUUAACAAUUAAAGAACAGAAAUUUCAAGAACUUCAAGGAAGAUUCAACAUGGAAUUGGAAUUAAAUAAGAAGAUUAAUGAAGAGAUUACCCAUAUUCAAGAAGAAAAACAGGAUAUCAUCAUUUCUUUCCAACAUAUGCAGCAAUUACUUCAGCAGCAGACCCAAGCUAAUACUGAAAUGGAAGCAGAACUGAAGGUGCUAAAGGAAAAUACUCAGACCCUUGAAAGAGAUAAUGAGCUGCAAAGGGAGAAGGUAAAAGAAAAUGAAGAAAAGUUCCUCAAUCUUCAAAAUGAGCAUGAGAAAGCACUAGGAACUUGGAAAAAGCAUGUUGAAGAACUUAAUGAUGAAAUUAAUAAAAUUAAAAAUGAGUUAUCAUCACUUAAAGAAACUCAUAUUAAGUUAGAAGAACAUUACAACGAAUUAUGCGAUCAGAAAAAGUUUGAGGAAGACAAGAAAUUUCAGAAUCUUCCACAAGUAAAUACUGAAAACAGUGAAAUGUCAAUGGAAAAAUCAGAAAACACCAUCAUACAGAAAUAUAAUUCUGGGCAAGAAACAAGGGAAGAAAAUACCAGGAGUUUUUGUUCAGAUACUGAAUACAGAGAAGAGGACAAGAAAGAAGACCCACUUACAGAAGAAAUCAUUGAAGAUCUACAGCUUUUUGAAAAAAGCUCCAAUGAAACUGAUACUGUACCUAGGGAUGAAAAUCACAAGGACACCUCCCUGAGCAGAGCCCUCUGCACAGAAAAAGAAUUAAUAAGUCAAGGACAAAGCUUGGACAUUACUGGCUUGAGAAAAGCAAUUGCUAGAGAAAUAAAAGAUAAGGUGGGCUUGGGAAAAGACAAUGGAUGUACACAAUUUAAAUCACUGAAUAAUUCUUUUUUAGUGGCAGAUAUAUCAAUAAAAACAGAAAAUAUACACCUAGAAAGAACUGAAAGAUUAGAUCGUCACCAGGCAGAUGUCCAUCUGGAAGCUGGAAUUAACAGAACAUCAUUUAACAGUAUCUUCAAUGAGAUGGCUCCCCAUACAGAUCAUAAAGAAGAUGCUUCUGAAGAUGAACAAAAUGCCACAGAGAGGGACAUUACAGAUAAUGACCCAACCAAAGCAGAUCUGGAUUCAUCUCUAGAUGUAAAAAAGAAUCCUGUUCAGUGUCAGAAAUAUAGUUUAGAGGAUUCACGUAAUGUUAUGUUAGAUGAUAAACGAUGUAAAAUGAAACAAACACAACUGUUAAAUAAAACCAGUGACGGUAUAUUGCCAUUUAAACAAACUUCCAAUUGUCAGCGAGUCUAUGAUGAGACUUCAGAGAAGCCUGAACUGAUGACUCCCUGUGACACAGCUCUCCAUCGCCCUACUUCAUCAGCCACUUGCAGUGAUAAUCUGGAAGGACUUAAGAACUCAGAUAAAAAUGGUAAUGUUAUGUCUAUGUUGGUGAAACCCAACUCAAGCCCUGGGAAGGGAACUAUAUGGAAAAAUAUGAAUGAUAUGCAGAACAGUCCAUUGAAGAACCAUUUGGGAUAUUUGGAAAACAACGCGAGCACUUCCCAUCUUCAGGUUAACAAUGAAAAUACACAUGCUUCACAAGCCAAAGACAUGCAAACUGCUGUUCACACGAAAACUUCCACAGAAAUACAGUUUUCCAAGAAAGAGAGUCAGAUUGAUGACAAUCAGAUAGCUGAAGCCACAAAAAAUGACCUCUUCCUUUUUGUGACUGUUAACGAAAGACAGCAUACAUUGUUAAAUAAUACAGAGAAAAGAGAGUCAUUAAAUGACAUUGUUUCAGGAAAAAUGUACAAUGAAGGCCAGCUGCAAGAAUCAUGUUCAUUUCACAUAGAAGCAUCUGGAGAUUUAGUAAACAGACGUGGAAGGUCAGUCUUUGAUCUUUCAACUUCAGAUAAAAAACCUGAGAAAACUCCAGUAUACAUGAAUUUUUUAGACCCCAGUCCUUGGUCAAAAGUAAAUCAAAUUGCAAGUCAGACAGUGAGCACUUCAAAUUCCAGCACUCCUUUGUUGCUGAAGGAGAGACCAGCAGGCCCAUCAGAAAACAAGAUUGUUUCAAUGACACUUGACAAAAACGUUGGUGUGGAUAAUGUCAGGAGGGAUAUUGGAACAGAUACUACCAGCAUCGACAGAGCUGCUGACACUUUGAAUAACUCGAGUAUCCAUCCAGAUCCCAAGGGAGAGCCCAGUGAAGAGAGGAAUGCGACUGCAAAGACUUUUUAUGAUUCUUCUUUUCCCACAGAACGUGUAAGUCAGUUAAAAAUACUGCCGAGCAGACCUCAGUGAGCUAAUUCUGCAGAUAUGUGUAGAACUGUAUGCAUCUGGAUGCUUUAAGACCAACUGAUCUCCAAAAUAAUAUCAAGAGGGCAACAUGGCACCAUUUUUCACAAUUAAGGUUGAUGGAAAACAGCAGGAAAAAG